AUGAGGAGCCAUUCGUUAGACUGGCCGCUGAGCCAGACUGAGAAGCGAGGCCGGCUCUUGGAGUUGUACGACAAGGAGGUCCGCGCCAACGACCAGCUGGAGAGUGAGCAAGCUGCGCGCUGCGCGCUGGACUGGGACGGCGUGCGAUCUGCGGCUGUGGGCCGAGGUCGUCCGAGUGGAGGAGGGAGUGGGGCCGCUCCGGCAAACCUCCACACGCAGGCCCCCACCUACCCAGAGUGCGGGGCGCCGCCUUGGGAGUGGCAGUGUGUGCUCGCCAAAGCAGCCGAGGCUGCUGCCUCCCUCGGAGCGCUUCUCUCCGACCGCCUGGGCUCCCUCACCAACGCACCGGCUGAAGGCCAGGUGUUGCGCCUGCGCGCACGCUCCGAGUCCUCCAAGCUGCUGCGCCCAGCCCUUCGAGGGCCAGACGCCUGCCCCAGGGCCAAGCGGGUGCACUUCGCAGAUGCUGCGGAGCCAGAACCGGAGGUGCCCGCCCCGUCGGAGCCCUCCUUGAACGCCGAGGAUCUCGGCCGCAGCCGCAGCCCCGGGCGCCGCGACCGCCGGAGCCGGCUGAGAGAGCGCUUGCACGGCUUCAGCGAAGGGGUUUAG